CUAUGGCGUCCUGUGAACUCAUCCACAUCGACAACACUGCAAGAAACAUAUCAAAUAUCAAAAUGGUUGCCGGUUUAUGAAAGCGUGAUGCGUUUGUGAUAUUUGUGAACAAAAUUUGAUAAACAACACUACAGAAAUGAUGUCCAUAGGACCGAAAAUGGACGGAGGUCCCAAUACAAAAUAUUUUGAGAGUACGGAGACUCUUAAUGCCUUAGAAGGAGUUAAGAACUGGCUCCAAAAGAAUGCAAAGAAGUACAUGAAUAAUGAUCCUAUAACAAAUAAGUCGAUAUCUCAAACUUUAAUUCAGUUUUUGCAAUUUCAAGAAGAUUUUCUAGGCAAAAAAGCUCAAAAACCGCCAAUGACUAGAAUACCUGUGAGGUACUUUCUUGAUUUCAAACCCGGAGGCGGUUUAUGUCAUAUUUUAGCUGCGGCAUAUAAAUUUAAAACUGAGCAUGGUUGGCGUCGUUUUGAAAUUCCAACAGGAAAGAAUACAUCAAAGGUCGACAAAGUAUAUGAGAUGUUCCAGUCCAUGGAGAAGGCGUUAAUUCAAAAUAAGCUGUACAAUAUCCCUAUAAUCUAUAUUGACCCCAAUGUUGACAAAACAGUCUGCCCGAGAAUUAAAGAAAUAAUCAGAAAAAGGAAUGGACAGAUUUCAGAUACCGACGAAAAUGCUACUCACAUUAUUUACAAUUCAACUGAUUCGUCCGUUGAAGAAUAUGGGAGACCAGUUUUAAAAAGAGAUAGAAUGGUAUUAAUGCAUUGGUACUAUUUCCCAGACUCGUUUGAUACAUGGGUUAAUUUAGAGGCAGUUGGACUAGAUAACAUGUCACUAGAUAGUCCAAGUCCACGCUCAGAGCCCUGGAGAAUCACAUAUUCUUGGAUAUUUGAUACUGACCAAUAUAACGAAUGGAUGUCUGAAGAAGAUUAUGAAGUAGAUGAUACUGGAAAGAAAAAGGUGCAUCCAAGGCUAAUGUCAGUCGAAGAUUUGAUGAACCCGUCAGAAGAAACAAACAGUAAAAAGAAAGACCGGAAAAGAAAGCGGUCACCUUCACCGAAAAGGGAAAAACGGAAAAGUGGAAGAAAUGCACCUAUGAGUAAAAAAAGUUGUAAGGAAGACGACGAAGAUGCUACAAAGGACAUGGACGAUCCGACUCCCGAACCUAAUAUAGUAGAGGUAUCCACAUCUCCUAAUGGAGCAGCUAAGAAGGAUCAUGAACUACAACCAUUGAAGGGUGGGUCGAUUAUGGAGCUGGAUGAACAAGAAGAGAAAAAUGAAGAUAAUUCUCAAACGGGAAAAACUAGUGAAACUAAUGCACAGCAUGACGGCCAAGAAGACAACGUUACAGAACAGACUCACCACAUAAUCAUCCCGUCGUACUCAGCGUGGUUUGAUUACAAUUCCAUACAUGAAAUUGAAAAACGAGCCAUGCCCGAGUUCUUUAAUGCAAAGAAUAAAUCGAAAACACCGGAAAUUUAUUUGGCUUACCGCAAUUUGAUGAUAGAUACCUACAGAUUAAAUCCCACUGAAUACAUAACAAGCACAGCUUGUAGGAGAAACUUGGCUGGCGAUGUUUGUGCCAUAAUGAGAGUUCAUGCCUUUUUGGAGCAAUGGGGUUUGAUUAAUUAUCAAGUUGAUUCAGAUGCAAGGCCGUCCCCACUGGGCCCACCACCGACAUCACAUUUUCAUGUGUUAUCUGAUACUCCUUCGGGAUUGCAACCUGUAAAUCCACCCAAAACACCUCAGCCCAGUGCGGCAAAAACGUUCUUGGAUCUUGAAAAAUUCCAAGAAAUUAAGCGGCCCGAGAGCUCAGAAAAUUUGGCUAGCUUUGGAUUAAAAUUGGAUCAAUAUUCGAAAAAACCGGCUGUUUUGAGAAAUAAAACAGCCGCUUCGCUAACACGCGAAUGGACAGAACAAGAAACUCUGCUUCUACUUGAAGGUCUUGAAAUGUAUAAAGAUGAUUGGAAUAAAGUUUGCGAACAUGUGGGCUCAAGAACACAAGAUGAAUGCAUUCUACACUUUCUUCGGUUGCCGAUCGAAGAUCCCUAUCUGGAAGAUCCGGAAGCUGGUGGUACUCUAGGCCCUCUAGCUUAUCAACCGAUUCCAUUCAGCAAAGCAGGAAAUCCAAUAAUGUCCACUGUCGCAUUCUUAGCUUCCAUUGUGGAUCCCAGAGUAGCGGCAGCUGCAGCUAAGUCGGCAAUGCAUGAAUUUGCCAGCAUUAAAGACGAAGUUCCAGCGGCUGUAAUGGAUGCUCAUUUGAAGAGUGUUGAAGCGUCUUCGGCUUCGGGUAAGUACGACCCCAGCGCUAAUUUAGCCUUAACUGGAAUAGCGGGAACAACACCAGAAAAGGAGGAAGAAACGAAAAAGGAGAAGGACGAAGACGCGCCUAGUGAGCCCAAGGAAGAAAAACCUGAUAUUGUAAAAUCGGACCCAGAAGACGUUGAAAUGCAAAAUCCUUCCAGUGAAGUAAAGGUGAAAGACAGCGAGAUGCAAAGUGCAGCGGCAGCAGCUUUGGCUGCAGCCGCCGUUAAAGCCAAACAUUUGGCGGCAGUUGAAGAAAGAAAAAUCAAAUCAUUGGUCGCGCUGUUGGUGGAAACUCAAAUGAAAAAAUUGGAAAUAAAACUCCGUCACUUUGAAGAACUCGAAACAACAAUGGAAAGGGAACGAGAAGGUCUUGAAUAUCAAAGACAACAACUUAUUACUGAAAGACAACAGUUCCACUUGGAGCAGCUGAAAGCUGCAGAGUUUCGAGCCAGACAACAAGCACAUCAAAGGUUGCAAAGUGAACAGGGACAAUGGCCGGCUCAACAUCAGUCUUCAGCUGGCUCAAACUCGAGCGAUACGGGACCAAGUACAACACCUACUCCUCCUUCACCUCAGGCCACACCUCAUCAUCAUAUCGGGGAUGGACAAGAUAGCGAAUAAUAUAUGCGACUUGCCAUAUCGAAUGAGGUCGUGAGUGCCGAGGAUGGUUUUCAUCUAUAGCGAGAUUUGUAGAUAAAAAAAAUUUUUUCUUUGAUCUCCCUACCCGUCUACUUCAACUGAAAGAAGCCGAAUGCUAAUUCAAAUAGCUAAAUGACCAAGUAAUAACAGUAUCGUGAAAAUAAGAUGUUAAUUUGACCAAAAAUCACUUUAACUCAUGAUAAUUUUCAGUAAUUUUUUCCCAAAAGCUUUGGCAGCAACAGAUUUUAAGUCGGGCGUUCAUCAGAAUGGUGUCUUACAUAUAGAUUACUAUUAGGAAGUAUGUAAUUGGUUCUAAAAUUACGAGCAAUUUUGAGAUAAAUCAACCCUAUUUUGGGUUGGGGAUUUUUUCGACAGGCUCAUUUUUGGAUUGCUGCACAAAGACAAUAUAACAAAAGUGAUAAUGUUCUCGUAAACACAUUUAAAACUGAAUGUAAUUAUAAAAAAAACAGAUCGAAAUAUUGCGGCAGUUACAGCUAAUUUUACUAAGCAGCCGCUGCGAAAGUACGGCUUUUAUACUAGUUGGUCUUCCAAGAAACUUAUAAUUAGAAAACGUGGUAGAGACAUACAUAUCUAUUUUAGAUUACACAUUGAAUUGAAUGGAGUUGCUUAAAUUCUUUUUUUGUGUAAUAAUCAUUUUCAUGUAACUGCUGUUGCUUCUUAUUUACCGAUUAGUAAGGUUUUAAAGGUACAUUUUUCAUGUUGAAUCCGGCAUCAGGAACAUUAUAUACAAAGGAAAAAAUAUGAUAUUAAGAUUAUUCCUCUUAACGGUUAAAACUGUUGGCAUUCGUCAAAUGAAUCCCGUGAUAUUUUGGUCUAUGUUGAUAAAAUCAGUCGAUGAUGAAGCUGUAGUUGGCCUAAGCCUGAUUAGAAUAAUGAAAAAAUAAGAUUUUUAUAAGUCGCUCUUUUGUACUUUAGUGUAGGAAUUUUCAUAGGCAAGCUACACCUCGCUUCUCACAUUCAAUUUUAUCACGUAACAAAUCAGGCAAACUUUUUUCUGUAGGGACUUUUUAACAGAGUAAUUCGUUAUUAUUUAAAGAACACAUAUAGCACAGUUAGACAAGUAAAAUAGUUAAGUAAUUGGUGAUUGUUCAAUUUUCCAAUGUACAUAUGUGAUUCUUUUUAACCUUUUCUUUUCGCCUCAAAUGUAAAGAUGAAGUCUGCUGUGCUAUCAGUGUCUCAUGAAUUACUUCUGAUAGUAGAUUGGUUUAUGACUUAUGGAGUAUGUUAGUAGUAAUUAUUCCAUCUUUUUAAUGAAAAUUUUAAAUUUAUACACAGUUUAUACAUGCACAGCCAAUAAAAUUAUAGUUUUAUAGUAUUACAGAAUAAAUUCAAAUAUUUUAACUUUAUUUAUACUAGACUUAUCUAAGUGAUUUUUUUGUUAGAUCCAUACUUUUUACGGUCCAAAUUAUAAAGUUGCUUAAAUGCAAAUAGAAUAUAGUACAGAAAUAAAAUCUUUACAUUCA